AUGAAGAACAAGAACCAGAAGAAGAAACCCGCAGCUCAAAAGGGCAAAACCCAGAAGGGGAAAAAGAGAUUUCCAAUAAACGAAGACCCAUUUUUCGACGCCCCUGAGAACUCAAAACGGCGAAGAAAAAUCGAAGACGAUGAUAUCGAGAGUUCCGAAGAAGAAUAUGACAAUGACCCAUUUUCCAGGGAUGCAGAAAGAGCGGUGGAGGAGGAGGAGGAGGAGACAGCGGCAGAGAGGAGGAAGAGAGUGGCGGAGGCGUAUUUGGAGAAGAUAAGGGCGAUUACAAAGAGGGAAAAAGCAGAGGAGGAUGAGGAGGAGGAGAGAGAGGGAGAGAGAGAGGGAGAGAGGGAUUCGCUUGUGGCCAAGAUUUUGCAGCAGGAGCAGUUGGAGGAGAGUGGGCGUGUGAGGAGAUCCAUCGCUUCCAGAUUUCAAAAGCCAGAAACGACUGAUGGAUUUCGGGUUUUAGUAAAACACAGACAAUCUGUUACUGCCGUAGCUCUAUCUGAAGAUGACUCGAAGGGAUUUUCAAGUUCCAAGGAUGGUACUAUUGUUCAAUGGGACGUAGAGAGUGGGAAGAGGGAAAAUUAUGUAUGGCCAAGUGAGGAAGUGCUAAAGUCCCAUGGUGAAAAGGAUCCACAAGGUCGAGCAGCAAAGCACAGUAAACAUGUUUUGUCAUUGGCUGUUAGUUCUGAUGGUCGGUAUUUGGCAAGUGGUGGUUUAGAUCGUCAUAUUCAUUUGUGGGAUACCCGUACGCGAGAGCACAUCCAGACUUUUCCUGGCCACAAAGGACCUGUGUCAUGUUUGACAUUCAGGCAAGGGACAUCAGAAUUGUUUUCUGGAUCAUUUGAUCGAUCAGUGAAGAUAUGGAAUGCAGAUGAUAGGGCUUACAUAAAUACAUUAUUUGGUCAUCAAAGUGAGUUAUUAACUAUUGACUGCUUGAGGAAAGAACGGGUGUUAACUGUUGGACGUGAUCGAACUAUGCAUCUGUGGAAGCCAUUGCAUGAAGGCUACAUUUUAAAUGGGUGGUUAAGCACUCCGUUUGGACAACUCCCACCCCCUCCUUUUUCUACAAGGGUUUACAAAAAAAAUAAAUCCCUCUUUUCCUCUCCUUCGUCGGUGUUCGCUGUCUUCCCUUUUGGACCUGAGUGUUCUUCAGACCUCACGAGUGAUGACGACGAAGACGUUGAUCAAACACAACAGUCUUCGACGACGUUGAUCAGACUUCACGAUGACAGCAGAUUUCUAAAACUUAUUACUUGUAGUGUUGAAAGUUCUGGACCACAACUUAUGGCUGUGUUUAGGCAUUAUAUUAAACGACAAAAGGUUUCAGCCCCUACCUUUACUAGCAACCAGCCUGUCCCUGAGGAGUCGCAGUUAGUAUUUCGUGCUCGAGCAUCAUCCCUUGAGUGCUGCUGUUUCAUUAAUAAUGAUGAAUUCUUGUCGGGAUCUGAUGAUGGAAGUAUUGAGCAUUGGAGUAUAUUGCGAAAAAAGCCAAUCCACAUUUUUAAAAAUGCACAUGCAUUGUUUUCUCCGUACAAGUUGGAGGACAGGAAUGAGCUGUCAAAUGGACACCUAGAAAAUGGUGACUACACUUAUGAAAGUGUUAGUUCAUCAGCACAUUCCUGGGUCAGUUCAGUGGCUGUGUGUAGAAACAGUGAUCUUGCUGCAUCAGGUGCUGGUAAUGGUUUAAUUCGUCUCUGGGAAAUUGAAAAUGAAGCCAAAGGCAUCCGGCCCUUGUUUGAGCUCCCAAUGGUUGGUUUCGUAAAUUCCUUGGCUUUCGCAAGAUCAGGACGGUUCCUGGUUGCUGGAGUAGGGCAGGAGCCUCGACUAGGAAGGUGGGAACGUAAUCCUGCUGCUCGUAAUGGAGUUGCAAUGCAUUCCUUGAAGCUCUCAUGA